CAUCCCUUCCCACUCACCCGGAAAUCUGGGUCCUGGUCAGUCUUCGACCAUCUCGGCUGCUUGAGGCUCUCUUUGGGCCGUAGUUUAGACUUUUCCCCCGACUCUUAUUAUCGUCUUUCGGGGCGCAACGACAUCUAAUAUUGAAGUAUCAGCAGCCUCUCACACUCCAUGGAUUGGGCCAAUGGACAUGAACGAGCAUCUUGACCAAGAUCCAGGUCACACGGGUAACUCUUCUCCGGGAUUUGAGAACACCCCGGAACCUGUUUCCGGCCCAAGCUCUCUCGCUGCAUGCAAGUCUAGCUCUGCGCUGUCCGCCAAACUUCGCCGGCACGGAGUCAAGGUCAUCUCAGCCCUCAAAUCGUUGACCAACAGCUCCUCUGAACAGCCCGUGGUCAUGCAACAGACAAGCCCAGCUCCAACCGAGCACGGGACGAAGUCGGCCUUCAUACACAAGAUGUCGAACGCCAUAUCUCGCCCUCUGGAGCCCACCGUUGUCCGCAGGGCAUCCGCCAAAAACCGGCCGCUGCUGAGCGGCACGUUUGGAACUGCAGUGUCACCGACCGCGUCAGUAUCCCCAACCAGUCCGGCCCAGAGUGGCGAUUCCCGCACCGCCUGCAGCAAAACAACCGCUUCUGAUAUCAAGUCGGCCAAUAUCACCCAGCUCUCGACGGGCAAGACUUCGCUGGACUCGAUGUUCAGGGACGCAGAUCCAAACACGGUAGGUCGUGAGCGGAACCGUUAUGCAAGCCACAGCCCGCAACGCUCGCGCCGUAACCUAGACGCCCGAGCGGAAGGAGCUACACUUGUCCCCACCCACAGAAACCUCGAUGCAACUCAAGAAGCAUUCUUGGCUCGGUGUCCGCCAAGUAUCGCCACGGUCGAGCGCGCAGCCGCCGCCAAGAUAUACCUCGAAACCCACUUCAACGAGUUGCUCGCCUCCGGGCCAUCGCCGCGUCAGAUGAGGCAGCAGAUCCUCGAGACGGACCUGUUCAAUACCGCGCGCCAGAGGGGAAUGCCGCUGAGCGCUGCCGAGAGACAGAUGGCUCGCGCCCAGUUUUGGCGGCGCGAGAGCGAGCACCUGCGGGAAAUGCGGGCGAUGAAGACGAGGAAUUUGAAGGUGCUGCUGGGCGCAGCGUCGAGGACGGGGGGGGGAUCCCAGGCGAGGGACUAUGAGACGGUCAAGGUGCUGGGCAAGGGCAGCUUUGGCGUGGUCAGGCUGGUGAGAGACUACCGGCGGGGCCAGGUCUAUGCGAUGAAGGUGAUCAAGAAGGGUAAAAUGCUGCAGACUAGCCAGGAGGGGCACUUGAGGGCUGAGAGGGAUCUUUUGGUGGCUAGCGAGGGGUCCAGAUGGAUCGUACCUCUUGUCGCGAGUUUCCAAGACCUCUCGAACCUGUAUCUGGUGAUGGAGUACAUGCCCGGUGGCGAUUUCUUGAAUCUCCUGAUCCGCGAGAACAUCCUGCACGAAUCCGUGGCACGCUUCUACAUCGCCGAGAUCAUCCUGUGCGUCGAGGCGGCACACUCGCUAAAGUGCAUCCACCGAGACAUCAAGCCCGACAACUUUCUCGUCUCGGCGUCGGGCCACCUCAAAAUCAGCGACUUUGGUCUCGCGUUUGACGGACACUGGUCUCACGACACGACUUACUACAAUAGUCACCGGGACGAGAGCCUGGAGCCGACGAAGAAGCGAUCCCACGGCAUCAUGGCCAGCAUCAGGAAGCACGACAAGCAAGACCUGCACGACGGCGAGUCUCUGCUCAACUGGCGCAACCGCUGCGGACUCCGCAGGUCGGCCAGGAGUGUCGUGGGCACGAGCCAGUACAUGGCUCCCGAGUGGAGCGUCGGGGUCAUUUUGUUUGAAUGCAUUUACGGCCAUACGCCCUUCUUAUCGGAUGAGGGCCGGCACCAGACCAAGGAGAAUAUCCUGAGACACCACGAGACGUUUGGCUUCCCGCCACGGCCGACUGUGUCCCGCCGUUGCCAGCACCUGAUGCUGUCCAUGAUCACGGACAAGGAGUAUCGGCUGUGCUCGGAGCGCUACCGCAUGAAGGACCUCGUCACGUCGUCUUCAUCGUCGUCUGGGGCCAACUCCAAGAUGCGCGACAUUGCCGGCCGCUAUGUGUUUCCCUACGACGCCGAAGACAUCAAGGCGCACAAGUGGUUCCGCAACGUCCCAUGGGAGCGCUUGCACGAGCUGGACCCGCCGCUGGUGCCCAGGCUUCGCUCGGUCGACGACACGUAUUAUUUUGACGACGGCGGUUCUGUGAGCGACGGGACGGAGAGCGACGCAGACGGCUGCGAGGAAAACGCGGGAGACGCCCAUGACGGCGCAGCCGAGAUGGCUCUUGAGGCUCCAAGCCUGCUGUUCCCCUCGCCGACUUGCUCAAUUCCAGGACAGACCUGGCCUUCUCCGGCGGUCUACUCCAUGACGACUCCAAUGACCACCUUCACGUACAACUCUCACCAUCACCCACAACACCAACCGUGGGACUACUCCCAGAACUACAGCCCUUGUGCCGCCGCCGCCACCACCACCACCACCACCACCACAACACAAGACGACUUUUCGAUCCCGCCGCCGCUCCCCUCCCUCGAAUCACCCGUCACACCAACCCCGUCAAUCCUCCCCCAAUUCCCCCCUUCUUCUCUUCCUCAUUCCUUCCCAACCCUACUACCAACCCAAGAACAACUCACGUUCCUCCGUCCCCUGCGCUACCACCUGCAGACCCUCGCCCUCACGGUCCUCGCCGCGCCGCCGCACGACAAGGCAGGCAAGCUAGCCGCUCUCGAGCUGUACCUAGACCAUUACGAUGACGCCUCCGCCGCCGGUACGGCUAUGACGGACGCCGAGCGGGCACAUUUGAGAAAGUUUGUCAAGAGGUUCGCUGCUGCUGCUGGCAAUGGUAAUAAUUGUGGGAUUGGCGGGAAUGGGAAUAAUAGUAGACGGGAGAGGGAGCGCAGGAGGCCGAGGGAUCGGUUGUUGAGGGAUGAGGGGACGAAGAAGGUUGCCUUGGAGGUGAGGAAGAGGACUGCCUUUUUGGGGUAUGAGUGGACGAGGAUGAGGCGGGAGGGGAAUGAUGAUAGGGAGGGUUUUGAUGGGCGGCAAGGACAGGGUGGUGUUACUGGUGGUGGGGACGGUGCUGGUGGGAAUGAUGAGGAGAAUAUGUUUGAUGAGGUUGGUGGUGGUGGUGGUGGUGCUGUUAAGUGGGAGGAGCGGCAGCAGCGUGGUGGGCUUCACGGGUGGGGAGAGGAUGUUGCCUUGAUGCGGGCUAUGUAUAGUGGUCCGUGGAGUUUGCGCUGAGUUGGAAGACAGAGCUUCCCGGGUUAGAGCCCGGGGAGGUUGAAAGGCUUACUUCUGGCGCGAAAUGGACGGAGUAGGGUGAUGGGUGAGCAUCGAUAGAGCGAAUAUUUAGCUGGGUACCGAGUCGAGUAGCAUUAGAGAGUAUCAACAUUUGAGGAC